AUGUCAGCUGUCGAGGAACCGCAAUUCUGGCUGGCGAUUGGAAUUUUAAUCAAAAACUACCAUGCCUUGAAUAAAAAGAUAUUCGAAGUGGUCAUCAGCCGAGUACAAAAGCAACAAGAUGAAGAACAACUAUGCGAUUCCACACAAGAAGAACUGGAGAGGACGCUGAGGGAGCGGCCAGAGAAACGCACGUGCAGAGGCUUUAGGAUUGGCUUCAAAUUACUGCCCAAGAAACUAAAGGAGAACAUUCUGGCCACAGGAUUUGUGGAUUUUCAGCAACGCCACUACCGAUGCCAGUUUGCCAGCGAUGAUUUCGAAGACUUCUCGGUGCGGCUCGAUGGCGGGCAGUUAGAGGUUGACUCUCUGCAGACUGGUAGAUGGCAGGAGUUUGUGCUGAAGCCCAAGCUGCUAAGCUGGUCGCAAAGUAAACCGGACGAGACCAAGGUGAAGUCUCUCGGCCUGGUUGAUGUGGAGAAGUACAAUGAUUUGUAUAAGGAGCUGAAACAGAAGCAUGCCCAGCGCCUGCUGCAGUACUGGCAAACGGCACAGGAGUCCACAGAUCCGUUAAAGUUCAUAUACGAGGACCUGGCGAUAGCGGCGUACCUCAUAGUCCUGUGGGGUCAGACUCAAACAGAGCCCAAGGCUUUCGCCGAUCUGGGCUGUGGCAAUGGUCUGCUGGUUCACAUUCUUAAUGCCGAGGGCUAUUCCGGCUAUGGCUAUGAUAUACGCAAACGAAAGCUUUGGUCGCUCUAUCCGGAGGAGACUAGCAAAAGCCUCAUCGAACAGGCUGUGGAGCCGAAUAGCUUUCGCUUGGCAUUCCCAGAAAUUGACUGGCUGAUUGGUAACCAUUCCGAUGAACUCUCGCCCUGGCUGCCGGUUUUGGCCGGGCGCCUGAACACACACUUCUUUCUGUUGCCCUGCUGCCCGUACGAAUUGAGCGGGGCGAAGUUCCAGCGACGAAACACCAGCAUAAGUGCCUAUCAGGACUUCUUACAUUAUGUUUUUAAGGUUUCCGAGCAGUGUGGCUUCGAGACGCUUCAGGAUCGCCUGAAAAUACCCAGCACCAAGCGUUUGGCACUGCUGGGCCUCAAAAGGACCUCUAAGGGUACUCAAAGCAUGGAGCAUUUUGUGCAAGCAGAGCUGCAGAAGUACAAAAUAGGAGAUCCAAAGGACGAGUUGAUCACCAUAAAGCUGCGCGAGAAGGAGGAAAUCGUACGAAAUUGCACGAAAGUGGAUAGAUCUAUUAUUAAUGGCCUGGUGCUAAAGAUCUUCCGCUUGCUGCUUGACAGUCACGAAGACAGUUGGUCCGGCCGUCUGCCGAUGCGAGACAUUGCUCAAACUCUGACCAAAGAAGAGCUGAGCGGCAUCAAGUCAGAGUGCGGUGGCAUUAAGACUUUGUUGAGGAACAAACACGAGGUCUUUCAGUUCUGUGGCGGCGAUCUUAUUGGCAUACGCAAGCCUCAGAUGACUGCUGUUCCACAUCCCCGUCUGGCCAUCAAGAAGCGAGACUGCUUCUUCAAGCUGCAUCAUCCGUUGGGAUGUCCCCUGGAGGAUUCGGAGUGCACCUUCAUACACUAGCUAAUAGAAGGAGGCUUGUGCAUA